AUGGCCAACACUAGUCUUCCACCAGCCUACACUGCUGUAGAGAAUACUGGAGAGCUCGAACGACCUGAAGGCGCGGGCAUUACUAGGACACGAGAGGAAGAGGCUGCAAAAUCCAAGCGGCAGAAAGCAAAAAUAGAUCAGUUAUGUGCCGAGACGGGUGAGUGGGGACGCGCGAAGCGGACGGUGUGUAAGAGAGAAAAGGAGAGGCGCAAGGAGAGGAAGUUGGAAGUGGAAAGAGAGAAAGAUGGAGAGAGAGCGAGAAGGAGGGAGUGGAAGAGCAGACGGGAUAUGGAGAUAGAGAGGGAGCGGAGGAAAGCGAAAGAGAGGGAGCUAGAAAUGGAGAGGGAGAGAGAGAGGGAGAGGGAGAGGGAGCAAGAGGAGGAGAGGGAGCAAGAGGAGGAGAGGGAGCAAGAGGAGGAGAGGGAACAGGAGGAGAGGGAGCAAGAGGAGAAGAGAGAGAGCGAGGGAUGCAACGAGAGAGCUAGAGAGACGGAGAGCUGGAGGACAGGGGACAGCGAGAAAGAUGCUAUCGUCGCUGCCGCCACCGUUGUUAGGCUGCUUCUCGUCCAGAUAUACUUGCAGAGUUCUCUACCAUCUUCGCCGUGA